GAUUCAUUUCGAUUGGCUCUUUGUAGAAACUUCUGGAUGUUUUUGCUUUAUUAUAAAAGAGCCGGAGCGGGAAAGAAGUGACAUAAUUUAGUAAGGCGUCUGACGAGAUUGACGAAAAGUGCAGGAAUUACAUUUGCUGAUUACACAUUUUUAAUUGGACUACUAAUAUCAAAAGUAAAAAUCAAAUAUGGUAAAGGCACCAGCAAUUGGAAUUGAUUUGGGGACCACCUACUCAUGCGUGGGUGUUUUCCAACAUGGAAAAGUCGAGAUUAUCGCUAAUGAUCAGGGAAAUCGAACAACACCGAGUUAUGUCGCUUUUACCGAUACUGAAAGGCUUAUCGGUGAUGCAGCCAAAAAUCAGGUUGCUAUGAAUCCCAGUAACACUAUUUUUGAUGCGAAGCGCCUGAUUGGUCGUCGAUUUGAUGACCCAGCUGUGCAAAGUGACAUGCAACACUGGCCAUUCGCCGUUAUUAACGACAAUGGAAGACCAAAAAUCCAGGUGACCUACAGAGGUGAACUGAAGACCUUCUUCCCAGAAGAAGUGUCCUCAAUGGUUCUCGUGAAAAUGAGGGAAACAGCCGAGGCCUUCCUGGGCAAAAAAAUCACCGACGCCGUCAUCACAGUUCCUGCCUACUUCAACGACUCCCAGCGUCAAGCUACCAAAGACGCCGGUUCCAUAGCCGGUCUGAACAUCCUCCGAAUAAUCAAUGAACCAACAGCUGCCGCGAUUGCCUACGGCCUCGACAAGAAGGCUUCAGGAGAGAAAAACGUCCUCAUAUUCGACCUUGGAGGUGGCACCUUCGACGUCUCGAUCUUGACGAUCGAGGAUGGAAUAUUCGAGGUGAAAUCAACAGCUGGAGACACUCAUCUUGGUGGCGAGGACUUCGACAACCGGAUGGUCACUCACUUCGCUCAAGAAUUCAAUAGAAAAUACAAAAAGGACCUCUCUUCUAAUAAGAGGGCUUUGAGAAGAUUGAGAACUGCUUGCGAAAGAGCAAAGAGGACUCUCAGUUCCUCCACCCAGGCGAGCAUCGAGAUCGACUCCCUUUCCGACGGAAUCGACUUCUACACUUCCAUGACUAGAGCAAGGUUUGAGGAACUCUGUGCUGAUCUUUUCCGAAGUACUCUCGAACCUGUGGAAAAGGCCUUGAGGGAUGCGAAGAUGGACAAGGGUCAGGUGAACAGUAUCGUUCUGGUUGGAGGCUCGACAAGAAUCCCGAAAAUCCAGAAGCUUCUCCAGGAUUUCUUCAAUGGGAAGGAACUGAACAAGUCCAUCAAUCCUGACGAGGCUGUGGCUUAUGGCGCUGCUGUCCAGGCUGCGAUUUUGCACGGGGAUAAAUCAGAAGAAGUUCAGGACCUUCUUCUCCUUGAUGUGACACCUUUGUCUCUCGGAAUUGAAACCGCCGGAGGAGUGAUGACGAGUCUGAUCAAAAGAAACACCACGAUUCCGACAAAGCAGACUCAGACCUUCACGACCUAUUCGGACAAUCAGCCAGGUGUCCUAAUUCAAGUUUAUGAGGGCGAGCGAGCCAUGACGAAGGACAACAACAGUUUGGGGAAAUUUGAGUUGACUGGGAUUCCUCCAGCGCCUAGAGGAGUUCCCCAGAUCGAGGUUACCUUCGACAUCGACGCUAAUGGUAUUCUGAACGUGUCGGCUGUUGAGAAGUCAACUGGGAAGGAAAACAAGAUCACGAUUACUAAUGACAAGGGCAGGUUGUCCAAGGAUGAUAUCGAGAGGAUGGUGAACGAGGCUGAGCGCUACAAGAAUGAGGAUGAAGAACAGAGGGAAAAAAUUGCUGCUAAGAAUGCCUUGGAGUCGUACUGUUUCAAUAUGAAGAGCACCAUUGAGGAUGAGAAGAUCAAGGACAAGAUUGAUCCGAGUGAUAAGGCGAAAGUACUUGCCAAGUGCAAUGAAGUCAUUGCUUGGUUGGAUGCUAAUCAGUUGGCGGAGAAGGAAGAGUUUUCGCAUCAGCAGAAAGAGUUGGAGGCUGUUUGUAGUCCGGUUGUUGCUAAACUUUAUCAGGGGGCUGGAGGUGCUCCUGGUGGUGCUGGAGGAUUCCCAGGAGGAGCUGGCGGAUUUCCAGGAGCUCCGGGUGCAGCUGCUGGUGGUGCUGGCGGAGGACCAACCAUUGAAGAAGUGGAUUAAGUUUUUUGUUUUCAAAACAGGAUUUGGGGAUAACUUUCGCUACGGUAAGAAGUUUUUAAAACAAGACUGACAGCAAGUAUCAACAUUAACAUAUUUCAUGAAAAUUCAGGGCAUUAUCGAAACUUCAAUGGUCUCAUCUUUAGGAUUUUGACUCUGAGCGAAUUUUCUCCAUCCCGAAUUUAUUUAAAGUAUUUAUAUUGUGUUUUUAUCUUUUUGUAAAGCAGAUAUUAACUUAUUCUUUCUGAAAAAUAU